AUGGCUGGUUCUAUAGCUCUCACCCCGUCUCGAAAGCGCGCUGCGCUGGCUACCACCGACGCGCCAGAUGCCAAGAAGACGCCCACCUUCGACAUCGGUGGCAAGGACGUUGUUGAAGACCAUGACGUCAACGAUCGCAUUACCGCACGCAAUGCCACCAAGUCCCCUCUCCUCCGUCUGCCCGCGGAGCUGCGCAAUCUGAUCUACGCUUGCGCUUUUGACAACACUACGUACAACUUCUUCCAGGACAACAAAAAAACAGAGAGAACGUUGUACGCUGAACUAUCUACCGAAGACAGUAUGAGCCUGCUUCUGGUAUCACGUCAAAUCAACGCCGAGACCGCGUACCUACCCUAUCAACUCAGCACGUUCAAUUUCAUGGUCUACAAAUCCAACAAGAAACAGUGGAAGCCCUAUGUGAGGAGGUUUCUGGCUAGGCGUUCGGAAGAACAGAUCAAAGCUAUGAGUUGCCUGACGGUUCGUCGUUCUAUCGAUGAGGCAGAAUGGCGAAGGUCGGAGCAGCCAGAAAGUUCUCGUAGCAGUCGCUUCUCACAAAUCAAUUUGAUGGGCAUCAACGCCGCUGUUCAGUAUCAAUCGCAUUUCAUCUUUGAACUGUCACAGAUCUCACUGGAAGCUAUUAAGAGUAGUGACUUCCGCGAACGAUCAAAUGCGUAG